AUUUGUCUUGCAAUUCCCUUGCUCAUUAAAAGAAACAAAUCUCUUGUUGCUGUUAUGUUAUAUACAUCUCCCUCCCUGCUUAAUUAACUCUUUUCCAUUUUGCUAGUCAACCAAGUAGAGCUUCUCCUCGUCCAUGGCGUGCAUCAACCUAAAUCUCGAUGUUGACGUCAACAGAUGCCUGAGCGGGCUGUGGGCAUCGCUGCCGGUACUGGGCAGGCCAAAAUCUGGCAUCAAGAAAUUGGAAAAGCAAAUGGCAAGAUUGAGAAGCAAAAGAGACGACAUCAAGAACCAGAUCACUGAGGCAGAGCGUGAAGGAAAAAUUCCGACCAACGAAGUGAGCCAGUGGCUACGGGAGGUGGAGGAAUUGGAAGGACAACUGGCUGCUAUCAAGCAGGAUUUCCAAAGCAUCAGUUGCUUCAGUUGCAAUUGUUUCAAUCGCGGCACAUCGAGUAACCCAACAGAAGCUUUUGCUGCAAAUCCAGAGGACGAAGAAAACGCUGCCACUCAAACACAGCAAGCAAGAGAUGAUGUUCCCAUCAGAGAGUCAUCAAACUGCUGCUCCAUCAUCCUAAGAAUGGCCGAGAAGCUCCGCGAGACUGAUGAAUUGAUGAGCCGAGCUGGUGCACUGGAUCUGAUUGCCACAGUUUGUCCUCCGGAAUCCAACGUAAUGCUUUCCAUCUCACACCGACCACCUGUUGGGAUCGAGUCGUAUGUGGAGGACAUUGUGGGCUAUGUCGAUGGUGGAAAAGACAACAUCAUAGGCAUCUACGGAAUGGGCGGUGUUGGUAAGACUACCAUGUUGAAGAGGAUCCAGCGACACUAUUAUAAUCAUAGAAUAUUUGACAGUGUCAUUUGGGUUGUGGCCUCCAAUGACUGCCAAUUGAAAAGGCUCCAAAUGGAUAUUGCUAAGAGUCUAGAACUGAAGACACUGAAGGAGAGUGACGAUGAACAAACCUGUGGUGAUAAGCUGUUUAGCUUCUUGAAGAACAGGAACUGUCUGCUGCUUCUCGAUGACAUUUGGGGGCAUGUGGAUCUUCAACUGUUGGGGAUGGCACACUCGGCUACUAAGCGAGGCCAGCAGCAGCCGCGCAAAGUCGUGGUGUUCACAACCCGCAGCGAGACCGUGUGUGCACAAAUGAAGGCAGAAAAGAAGGUCAAAGUCAAAUGUCUGGAUUCAGAUCAAGCAUGGCAACUCUUUGAGCAGAACAGUGAUGGGGAUGUUUUCAGCUCAGAUGCUGGAAUUAAGUUCGUUGCUGAAGAACUUGCUAAAGAAUGUGCAGGCCUUCCGCUCGCUCUUAUCACCGUUGCCCGGGUCAUGUCAGGGAAAAAGUCUUGGGAAGUUUGGAAUGACGCUCUCAAUCAAAUAAGGGAUAAACAUGAGUGGACGACAGUAUGCCUUCCAGAAGAUUCAGUCAUGUAUAAAGCCUUCAAGCUAAGCUACGACAGUUUAGAAAAUGACUCCAUAAGAGAAUGUCUUUUGUGCUGUGCUUUGUGGCCUGAAGAUCAUAAGAUCAACAAAUUCUCUGAGUUGAUACCAUGUUGGAUAGGUUGUGGCAUAAUCCAUGAAUUUAAUGUGAUCAAUGAAGCUUUCACCAAAGGAUGCUCCCAUUUGGAAGCUCUCGUGGAUGCAUCCUUGCUAGAGCAAUGUAGUGACCUGGACUUUCCUGAUAGGAGCACAGUUGUAAAAAUGCACGAUGUCAUCCGAGACAUGGCACUGUUGAUGGUCUCUGGAUUGGAAGGGAACAAAAGAAAAUGGAUUGUAAAAGCAAGAAUCGGGUUGAGUGAUUUGCUUAGACAAGAAGAAUGGCAAGAAGCAGAGCGAGCAUCAUUCAUGAUGAAUGAGAUUACUUCUUUACAAGAAUAUGGAACUUCCAUUUUUCCAAAACUUUCUAUGUUGAUUCUCUGUCACAACAGAGGCCUGAAAACAAUUCCUCCAAGUUUGUUCACAAGCAUGCCUCGUUUGACAUACUUGGAUCUCUGUAAGUGUCGUAUAACAGAACUUCCCGAAGAUAUUGGUAGCUUAACUGAGCUUCAAUAUUUAGACUUGUCCUUCAAUCCUAUUACAACACUACCGGUUAAGUUUGGUUGUUUAGGCAAAUUAGAGUACUUGCUUCUAUGCUAUACUGGUCUUAAGAUUGUACCCAAUGGGUCGAUAUCCAAUUUAUCAAUGCUCAAGUGGCUGGAUAUAAGUCAAAUUCCUCUUAUACCCGAGUGGUGGUGGGAUGAGCUGAAAUGUUUCAAAGGACGCCAAUUAAGUGUGGGAAUUAACAUUAAUGCUACAACAUAUAACAUUGAGCGACUCAACAUGUUACCUCCAAAUGUCUCCAUAUGGCACCUCGUUUUGGAUGAACAUAAUAUUUCAAAACUUCCAAACUAUGAUCUGAGCACUCCCCAAUGGGGCUGCAGGGUAAGUGACAAGCUCGAGUUUUUAUGGAUCAGACGUCUCAGAUUAGACAGAUUAGUGUUGGCUGCAGACAUGGGUCGCGAAUCAAGUUUCGGAUGUUUAAAGAGUCUCCAUUUUCAAGGUCUAAGACUAUUGAGAGAUUUCAUUGAAUAGAGUUCGGCUUUACAAUCUACGUGACCUACACAUUUCUAAUUGUCCCAUGUUGAAGGAUGUUUCUUGGGUUCUACAACUGUCAUGCCUUAGGAUCCUAGAGAUAGAAAUUUGUCCAAAAAUGACCGCUCCAUUUUUUGGAUUAUAUAUUAGUGACUUCUUGCCCAGGACUCAAAAAAUUACCAUUUGGGGUUGAAAUAUUGGAGAACAAAUUAAAAGAGAUUGUAGGUGAAAAAGAUUGGUGGAACAACUUGGAUUGGGAUGACGAGAGCAACAAGAAUUCCCUUGCCCCUUAUUUUAGGAUCCCGGUUUACCAAUUUCAAAAAGAAGCAUAGGCCUUUUGGGCAAGGAGGCUGCAGGACGUUCAUUGUUUCGAUCGUCAUGGACGGUCAAAUUGUUGUAUUCUCUGGCUGAUUCCAUAUGUAUCUAAAUUUGAUUGAUGAUUCCUAGCUAGUUAAUUUGGCACAUCGUCAGUGUUUUAAAAUUUGAUCAUUAAUAGUGUCUUCUUCAUCACUUUA